UUCUCUGAUCAGAAUGACGGAGCCUCUUCUGUUCGGCACGUGACUUGGAAUCGUGCCGUUUGUGGUUUAGUGCCAAGUCACGAGGAGGGGAACAGACUAGUCCCGAUUAGACCAAGCCCUAAGCGAGGGCUUUUUCCCACACACGGCGCGUUUGCCCUGUUCGGGUGUCUAUCAUUGGCGUUCUCCUCUCUUCUUCUUUCUCAUCCCCAACUCUCUUCAAGACACCCAGUCCGGUCAACACCACCCGUCGACAAAAUGUCUACCGCCGAGCUCGCCUGCUCUUACGCCGCCCUCAUCCUGGCCGAUGAUGGUAUUGAGGUCUCCGCCGACAAGAUCCAGACCCUCAUUGGUGCCGCUAAGGUUCCCGAGGUUGAGCCCAUCUGGGCCUCCAUCUUCGCCAAGGCCCUCGAGGGUAAGGACAUCAAGGAGCUCCUGACCAACGUCGGCUCCGCUGGUCCCGCCUCCGCUGGCCCCGCCGCCGCUGCCGGUGGUGCUGCCGCUCCCGCUGAGGAGAAGAAGGAGGAGAAGGAAGAGGAGAAGGAGGAAUCCGAUGAGGACAUGGGAUUCGGUCUCUUCGACUAAGCGUAUCACAUCCGUAUCGAAUUUGAACUCGUUUCCUUUUUUCUCUAUCCCACGCCUCUUUUCCCGCUGCCGCUUGCCGGCUCCCUCGACGAUUCUCUCUUGUACUCGAUACUCCACGACCCCCACUACGAAGACCUAGAACCCGGGGAAGAAAAAAAGAAAAUUAGCAAAAGAAUUCAAACGGACAAGGACAUUCAAUGGAGACUGGGUGCUCGGUGUGCCUUUGUGUCAUAAUGUGGCCGAGGUAGAUUCGAUCGGAUACCGUUGCGACUCCGAAACUAUUGUUGCUUCCAGGAUUAUAGGGGAAUUGAAGAAAGACGUUUGGCACACUUUCGGAUUUGUCCAUGAUCAACUCGUACAGUUUUGGUCUGGG